CAGUCCUCAAAUUCGGCUCGACUGCGACAAUCAAGCUGUCCGUCCAGUUAUAAGUUCAAUGCCUAAUGGAACCCGUUUGCGGUGCAUAUCAGUGAAGAAACCCGCUCAGAACCGCUCACUUCACCAAAUUUCGUCCAGUGCCCGCCGCAAUUGUGCAUAAAACCGGUAAAAACUGCAGUUUUUCAUCAUGACCGUGUACGGAAAACUGGUGCAAAUAAUCAUCGCGGCCCUCAAUUGAAGAACCAAACCAGCGAAGCCUCAACAUGGAACCAACGCAAUAAACCCACAGUGUGUUAAUUGAUCCAGUGUUUUAUUUCCCAAUAACCCCUGGCCCUCGCCGCGCUGUUGCCAACUCGGUAACUCCGGCGAGGUUAACCGUCGUUGUCAAACGUCACAUGCCACCGUUCAUUGACAGCGGUUGAUAAACAAUGAGAUGGAGCCCGUGAAGCUGUCGUUUGGCUUUAAAAAGCCCCUAAAAAAGGCCUGCCUGCUGCCGCAGGCCCCACGCGAGCCUGAAACCGAGGGCCGAAAGGAGCUGAUUGACUGCCUGGAGGGGCAGGCCAUCAAGGUCAAGGGGGCGGUGGAAGCACACAAGGCGCCCCUGGUGAUUCCCUUGAAGGACAACCAGAAGGACCUUCUGGACAGAAUACGGGCGGCCAGAAGCCGCCCAGCCCCCAAACAGCUGGAGGACCUGCGCCCCGAUUCCGAGCUGAGCGAGCAGGAGCUGGCGGCGCGCCAGUUGAUCAAAGAGGCCAAAGCCCGGCUAGAGAACGGCAGCGCCCCGUCGGGGCACAAAGUGACCGUCCUGCCCUUGACCGAGCCGCCCCUCGAAGGUGAGAAAGAACCGACUCUAGAGGAUUACGAAUCAGUGCCCAUAAACGACUACGGUCUUGCUCUUCUUAGGGGGAUGGGCUGGACGGAGGGCAUGCCCAUCGGCAAAAAGGCCGCGAAGGGCACGCAGCUCCAGGCGCCCGAGCAGCGCCCCAAGGGGCUCGGCCUGGGCGCCACCGCGGCUGUCCAGGCCGAGGCGCCCCCCCAACCGGCCACCGAUCAGCACGGCAAACAGCUGGUGCUGGCCAAGGGGGGCUGCGCUCGUGUCCUAGCGGGGCCCCACAAAGCCCACUACUGCUCGAUUCAGGGCUUCGAUGAGGAGGGCCGCGUGUUCGUCAAGGUGCUCCCGCAGGGGGCCCUCGUCAACAUCAACGAAACGCUGCUGACGCCCGUCACGCAGGAGGAGUUUACCCAGGGGAGCCGCUUUUUGAAUACUGCCAAGUUUUUGGAGCACCAGCAGAAGGAGGAGCAGCCCUCCCACUCCAGGCGCGCGCAGGAGGAGAGGCCGAUGAGGAGGAGUAGGAACAAAAAGUGCAAGUCGCGGCACCGGCGGGGCGCCAGCAGCGACGAGGACGAGCGCCCUCGCUCCAGAAAACACUGAACCUUCGAAGCCAGGUAUUUUUAAUGUUGACAUCCCGAGUUAACUGCGCCGCCCCUUUGGGGUUUAAGCUAGGUUUAAUCACACACUUGUAUAAAAACACUAAAAUUAGUCAAAAAAAAACUAGAUUAAAUGCGGCAGCAACUGCGUCCAAAUAAACCUUCUGAGGACCGGA